AUUUGGACAAAAUAUUGAUCAAGGCUUUUUGGUCUAUUGUUUGAUUUAUCUCCGUAUAUAAACUGGGCCGACCGAACAUUGAGCAUCAUUCGAAGAACCAGUUCUUUAGAUCUCACACAACAUGAAGGUCAUCAUUGCUAUCAUUUUCGCCAUCGGCUCCGUGUCGGCUCUGGGCUCUGGACCCUACCUACCCAGUGGAUGGAGGCCUUCAGGUCCCAGCUUCUACCUGCCUUCGGAAGUCGCGAAAUCAUCAGAGGGUCCAGUGAAGGAGAACCUUCUUCAAGAGACUGAAGCCUCCGGUUCAGACGCUCUCAGGGAAUAUGGACCCCCGAAAGAGGAAGAAAUCCAGUACAGCGUGAACCAAGGGCUUCCUGAUGUGGCUACUGAACAGACCUUCUUUGUACAAUCCCUGGCUACCCAGGAACUGCAGGCUGGAGCUGGUGAAUCCGUUGCCGUCGAAGUUAACACAGAAUCCGCCGCCAUAGUAGAAGAAGUAGCAUCAACUGCUGAAGCUGUAGCUGAGAAAAUCGAACAAGCUGAGGUCAUCUCCGAAGUCCAGCCCACUUUGGAAGCUGUAGCUGAAGUAGUCGAGCAAACUGAAGCUGCCCAGGCUGUUGAAGCCACAGAAGCAGCUGUAGCAGACAUUGUGGAACCAACUGCCGCUGUCGAAGAAGUGAUAGUGGCUGAGGAGGUUGUACCUACUGUGGUAGUGGAAGAGGCUGUUCCUACUGCUGUUGUUGAAGAAGCGGUGGUUGAGAAAGUAGCUCAAGGUGUUAACAACAUCGCUGAAGCUAUUGUUCAGGUUGAGACUGAGGCUAAUGCUGCUGAGGCUGUUGAAUCUGCUGUGGAAAUCAAACAGAAGGUUUCAGGAUCCCUGCAACAGGCUCCUGAAGGUUUCCUCGAAUACGGACCCCCUGGCUUCAGGGAAUACGGACCCCCUAAGUCUGCUGCAGUUCAGGCCGCCCCCGAGAACAACGAAGUGAGAAGGAGACGUUUCUCACCCAAAUUCAAGUCCCACAAGAAACACUAAAUGUGAAAAACCUAAACACUAGACCGAUGGCAGCCAACAACAACGGAUUUCGUGGAACACUUCUUAUUUAAAAAAGCAAAUUAAAAAAAACACUUUCGCUAUUAGAGUUUUUUGACAGCUGUCCGCCAUCUUUGAUUUGCAAUUGGCGGGAAAUUGUUGACAGUUGUUUGACAGUUCGCUGUCUCAACUUGAUUUGAGGUUAUAUUAAUACAUCUAAACUUUUAAUAGCAAAAGACAAUAAAAUAAUAUGUUUAUGUAUGUAAAUAACUAUUAUGAAUAAUUGUUUUACAUAUCUUCGGAUGUUAAAAAUAAUUGCAUGUGAUAACUAAUUAAAUAAAUGAAUCUUUAAUUAAUA